ACCAAAAAUCAGUUAUUCAGUUUUAAAAGUUAUCUUGGGCAAAUGAUUUUCUCACAAUUUUUAUCGGAUCGGUUUCAACACUGAUCUACUUCCAAGACAACCUCUUUGAUUCUUCAGUUUGCUUUUGCCUUCCUUCCAACAAACCAACAAGCACCAUGUCCUCUGAAAUUCCCACUGGUGAAACGACCGAAUGGAAAAAGUACUCUGAGUACCAUCUUGAGGUUGACCCUGAUCAAGAUGACAAAGCCAAAGAAAUCAAGCUCUGUUCUUUCGCCCGUCCCCACAUGCGUGCCUUCCAUCUUUCGUGGGCAGGUUUCUUCAUUGCUUUCUUCAUUUGGUUCGCCAUUGCCCCUCUUCUUUCCGAGAUCAAGAAGACUCUUGGACUGACCAAACAAGAAGUUUGGACUUCUUCUAUUGUGGGUGUUGGAGGAACCAUCAUGAUGCGUUUCAUCAAUGGUCCUCUCUGCGACAAGUUUGGAGCCCGUAUCCCCUACACUAUUAUCCUUUGCUUUGCUUCCAUCCCCUGUGCCUUGACGGGAACUGUCAACAGUGCUGCCACUCUUGCUGUCCUCCGUCUUUUCAUUGGAUUCGGUGGAUCUACCUUUGUCAUGUGCCAAUACUGGGCUUCUCGUAUGUUUGCCCGUGAGGUUGUUGGUACUGCCAAUGCUCUCUGUGGAGGAUGGGGAAACUUGGGAGGAGGUGUUACACAGCUUGUCAUGGGAACCAUGCUCUUCCCUCUCUUCAAGGAAAUCUUCAAAAACUCUGAGGAUCCUGCCGAGAAGGCAUGGAGGACUGUAUGCAUUAUCCCUGCUGUCGUUGGAUUUGCUUUUGGAAUCAGUAUUUACUUCUUGGGUGACGAUGCUCCCAAGGGAAACUACAAUGAAUUGAAGAAGCAUGGCGUCAUGGCUGAGGUUUCUGCUGGAGCUUCCUUCCGUGCUGGCGCCUUCAACGUCAACACCUGGUUGCUCUUCAUCCAGUAUGCCUGCUGCUUCGGAGUUGAACUGACCAUGAACAAUGCCGCAGCUCUCUACUUCAAGGAAGUCUUUGGACAGUCCACUGAAUCUGCUGCUGCCAUUGCCUCCAUUUUUGGAUGGAUGAAUCUCUUUGCCCGUGGUCUUGGAGGAUGGGCCAGUGACAAGGCAAAUGCUAAGAUGGGAAUGCGUGGUCGUAUCAUUGUCCACACCUUCUUUCUUCUUGCUGAAGGUAUCCUGGUCCUUGUCUUUGCCAACACUAAAUCCCUUGGACUUGCCAUUGUGGUCAUGGUCUUCUUCAGUCUAAAUGUCCAGGCUGCUGAAGGUACUUCCUACGGAAUUGUUCCCUACAUUGACCCUCCUGCCACUGGAUCUAUUGCUGGAAUUGUCGGAGCUGGAGGAAACACUGGAGCUGUCUUGUUUGGACUUGGAUUCCGCAACUUGGAAUACUAUGAUGCCUUCAUUCUCAUGGGAAUUGUCAUCAUCAUCUCCGCUGUUCUUUCCGGUGCCAUUUACAUCAAGGGACACUCUGCUCUCUUCUGUGGCCAGGACGAAAUUGUUGAGACUGAGAAGGGUGCUGUUGGUGGUGACGGUAUCCUUGUUGUCCCUGAACCCGACAAGCACAUCAUGGAAGAAAUGGAGGAAGAAAUCGACUGUUAAAUUUCUUCACAGGCGACCUUCCAGUUUUUUGAACGCCCUCCCUCUUCUGGCUUCCGGCAUCCUAUUGGGUUAAGUAAUUUGGGGAUCUUUUGAAUUUUGGGUUCUAUUGAAUUUUGGGUUACUUGGGUUACAAAGGACAGUUGAACGCUGCGACUACACUUGGCCGCAGAAUGUGAAUGUCCGCUUUUGAUUUUUGUGUUGGUUGAUGUUGCUGUUUCACCGCAGUUAACUUUUGUGAAAAUAAAAUGCAUAUUAUG